GACUAAAUGCCGAGCAAAUGGACUUCUUGAAGCGCUUGGUUUGAUCACCUAAGAGAAGGAAAUCUUGCUAAGGAUAACCCCCAGGGAAUCUGUUGGAUAGCUCUGUAAGGUUGAACGCUUCCCUGAUAUGGAACAAAGUGGAGGUGACCAGGAAUCCCAGCCAGAGAGUCACGUGGAUAGCAAGAGCAACAUAAAAUCCUUGCCUGGCGGAGCUGCCCAUGUCAAACUAGAGAUAAAAAAACAUGCAGUGACAGAUGACUACAAACUCUCCAAACGAGUGCUAGGGUUGGGAAUUAAUGGCAAAGUAUUGGAGUGUUUCAACAAGGAGACAGGGCAGAAAUGUGCUUUAAAGCUCCUGUAUGACAACCCAAAAGCCCGUCAGGAAGUAGAAUAUCAUUGGCGGGCAUCAGGGUGUCCUCACAUUGUGCACGUCCUGGACGUUUAUGAGAACAUACAUCAUGGGAAGAGAUGCCUCCUCAUUGUCAUGGAAUGCAUGGAGGGAGGAGAGCUGUUUAGCAGGAUCCAGGAGAGAGGAGACCAGGCUUUCACAGAGAGAGAGGCCUCUGAAAUAAUGAGAGACAUUGGAACAGCCAUCCAGUAUCUUCAUUCAAUGAACAUUGCCCAUAGAGAUGUCAAGCCCGAAAACUUGCUUUACACCUCUAAAGAGAAGGAUACCGUACUCAAACUCACAGAUUUUGGCUUUGCCAAAGAAACCACAGUACAAAAUGCACUGCAGACCCCCUGUUACACUCCUUAUUACGUGGCCCCAGAAGUCCUUGGUCCUGAGAAGUAUGAUAAAUCAUGUGACAUGUGGUCUUUGGGGGUCAUCACAUACAUUCUCCUGUGUGGGUUUCCUCCAUUCUACUCAAAUACUGGACAAGCCAUUUCUCCAGGAAUGAAGAGAAGAAUUCGGAUGGGGCAAUAUGGGUUUCCCAAUCCAGAAUGGGCUGAAGUAUCAGAAGAAGCCAAGCAGCUGAUUCGCCAUUUACUGAAGACUGACCCAACAGAGAGGAUGACAGUCUCUCAGUUUAUGAAUCACCCUUGGAUUAACAGAUCAAUGGCAGUGCCACCAACUCCUCUUCAUACUGCCCGAGUACUGCAAGAGGAUAAAGACCACUGGGAUGAAGUUAAGGAGGAGAUGACCAGUGCUUUGGCUACCAUGAGGGUGGACUAUGAUCAGGUGAAAAUUAAAGACUUGAAAACAUCCAACAACCGCCUCCUGAACAAACGCCGUAAGAAGCAGAAGCAGGCAGGCACCUCUUCUGCAGCCCCAGGGUGCAAUAACCAAUGAGAAGAGAAGCCAAGGACCUGUGGGUGGAGGGUAAAAGUUAAAAAGGAGCAAUUUAAAAUGAGUAUGAUUAGUCCAUAUAACAAAGGCCAUGGCACUGAGGCAGUGAAGAAGCUGUCCUGCAAAAAGGGGGCAGUGUGAAAGAUUACAUUUUUAUGAAUCAGGGCUUUGCUUUUAAAGGCUAAUUUUUAUGACAUGAUUCUGUUGCAUAUUGCUAGGGAAGAUAUGGCAAUACCAGAAACGUGUAUGUUUUGGCUUUAACUGUAUUGGAGGAGAGGAAAGACAGGAGGCAGUCUCAGCAUACUGAUGCGCUGAGGCUGUAAAAGCCAUCUGCAAGAGUGACUUCUUCAACCGUUUUAAGCUUAGGAGUGGAAAAAAUGCCAAGUGUUCUGCUAGAAGGGUCUUAGGAGUUCAGACAUGAGCACCGAGUAAGGAGGAAGGAAAUGUCAUUGCUCUUUACACAGACAGCACUGAUGCAGCUUUAUUUUGGAUGCAUCUGGUUAGCAUUUCAUGCUAGAAUUGGUAGGAAUAGUCACUAUUUCCAAACUUUUCUCCUGUAGUUACAGAAUGUCACCUAAACAGUGAACAACUGUUAUUGCUGCUAUAGGGAAAAAAAAUUCCUUGCAUUUGCAUUUUCAUAAAGUCUUCAUGUAGUCUUAUGUAAAGAACUGGUUGCUCAUAGUUUUUCAUUCAAUAACUUGUUCGUUUUCUAAACUGUAACCAUGAUGUUAUAUCUACGCCCCUGUCAGAUCCCUCCCUUGUAACACUUUUAAUUUAAACAGUACUUUAUGUAAAGAAUUUUAAUUAGGAUUUAAUUAGUCAGAAGUACCCUGCAGAGAAUAUUGCUGUUGCUCUUGGAUUCACAACCUUUAGGGCAUGCAACUGGACAUGCAAUUGUAUACUAGAGAUUGCUCUUGAAGAGAGGUCUCUGAAGUUCAGGAAGAAAUGGCAAGUACAUACUCUGUGAAUGGGCCCUGCUGUCUGGCAGCAUCCUUUCUGGUAAUUACCUCCAGACCCUAAGCCUGAGGUGUGCUGCUCAUAUCAAAUUUUGGGGGCUGGGGUGUUUGUUUCUUGGGGGGACGGCAGGACAGGGUUACUAUUUUAUCUGCAGUGUUUUGACAGUGUUUCUGGAUCUAAAGAAUUCUGCCAUCUAGGGGGAGAUCACCCACAAGGAUAUCCAUCGGUUAUUUUUUGCUCUUCUAAUCCAAACAUCUGUUCUACAGUAUCCUGACCACGGUUUGCUAACUUGUUUUACUUUGUGAUCAAAAUAUUUCCUCUUGCUAUGUUAUUUUUUUUAAUUGAGGUGAAGCAAAUACUUGUGAAAGUAUUAUGAGAGUCUGGGAUGAAAAUUAAGUGCUUCCAGUGAUGCAGAGAAAAACUUCUUUGUGGUAGGCCCACAGAGUACUGAUGGGUUGAUAGGCUCAGAAGAAUGUUAAAAAGGAAAACAAGGCUCCAGAAAGGAUCUGAAUCUUCUAAUCUGACCGGAGACUCUGAAAGUCACAUUGAGCUUGUUACUUCCACCAAAGAUCUACUUGAGGCUUUGGACCUUGUCUGGUCCCAUCUUUGGACCUUGUCUUAUCCCAUCUUCAGAGCACUGGACAGGACCUCCAUUCUUCUUUAUAAACUAGUCCUAGGAUUUUAUAAACUGAUUUUAAUAAAUCUUGUUCCAACAUUCCUUCCUCCUGUCAUCCCUUUUCAGGUCAAGAGGCUGCAGAGUUGUAUUGCUUUGCAAGGUAGAUCUGUGCUUAAGGUGAUGGGGAAGAGGAGAAGAAAGUCUGCCCAACUUUAACUCCCUUUUUUUUUAAAGUUCUCAAGGAUUUGUUUUUAAAUACCAAUCUCUGCAAAUAUAAAUUUUUAAAUCAUUUCAUGCUCGUCUAUCUAGAUAUCUCUGUCAUUAUAGUGUCCUGUAUAUAUUGAUUUUUUUUAUAGUGUUACUACUCCUCUGAGCUAUGCAAAUAUUACUCACCAGCUGUAAAUGAUAAUACAACGAACAAAGAGCUGUGAUUUGUCCAGGCCAGUGACAGGGAUUAGAACUAGAGCCAAGCCCUAGUCCCUUUAUCCAAAUUUUCGAGGGUGCUAUUUUCAUCAUUCCUGCAUUCCCAUCUCUAUGCCUCAUCAGGGCAAUAUGUGCUUCCUGGUAGGAUAACGUACGUGAAAUGUGAUGAUGUUCUGGCCAUCCUUGGGUAGUAUUGCAGCUGUCGUAACCCAGCUUUUCUUUCCUGUCUUCAAUUGGCCUCCCAUCAGCCAGAGUUUGAGCAGGAACUGUGCUUCCUGUGAAACAAAAGCUGGUGCCUUCUCGCUUGUCAGUUCAGCGUGGGGCUUUGAAGCAUGUGCCUGUGCCUGAAUUGUUUUCCAUGGGGAACUGUAAAGCGCGUCUGGGCCUCAUUCAUUUCUGGGAGGUUCCAGCCAUUACCAUGCUGCAGCUGGGAGCUGGAGUGACAGGCUGAUGCACGUAGGCACAGCACCUCCGGGUCUCAGUCUCCGUAUGGUAGGACACUACCAUCUCAUUAAUUUUGAACUAAUGUUUUUGCGUUCUAUCCUGCAGUGACAACGUCGGUGAAUACUGUAAAGCCCCGUGGGAACCCUAGGAGGGUCUCAAAAUGCGGGGCCUGGAAGAGUGUGCAAGUAUCGCUCGGAAGGGUGCUACCUCUGUACUGACCUAGCACUCCAGACUACUUGAGAGUGCAAAGAGAAGCAAUUGCUGAAAUGUACUGCAGCUUUUUUAGCUUCCAGGAGCAGAAAGACACAAAAUGCAGCUUUCGAACAGCUGGAGGUGACAUGAAGGACCAGAUUGUUUUGUCUGAGGAGGGGUGGUACUUAAAGGUAGUGUAAAGGUAUCUUGACCUUGCUUCAGUUUAGUUUCUAAAUCUGAUAAUAAGCAUACUUCAGCUGCAUGGGGGUACAGGGUCCAAAUUACCUGUAAAGUCUCUGCUGCUUGGACAUCAUACAGUUUUCUACCGUUAGCCUCUAGAACAUAAUUACUUGGGGCAUGGUUGCAAACCCUUUAGCGUUCUUGAUCCCGGGGCUGCACUGAAGCUAAACAUAAUUCAGAAAAGGAGGAGUUGCAUCAUUUUCUUGCACUUUAAGCUUCUAAAAUUAUUUUUGUUGAUUUAUCUACAUUCAAGUUAAUUACAGGUAUUGCCAAGUGUUGCAACUGCUUCUUAUCACACCCUUUUUAUUCAUUAGCAAGGAGUAUAAGUGCUUAUGUCUUUUCUUUGGGGGGUGUGGAGGGGUGGAAGGAGGUUUUUUUUUUUUUGUCUUGGGAGUUUUAUUCAAGUUUUUGAAAUUAAAGAGCAUGGUUAUUUUGCCUAAUAUUAUUCUGAAACUUCCAGGCUAAUCGAUUUGGGAAACUUGGAAGAAUGUUCUCAAGAGACAUUUCUUAUUGCUUAGCUACUGAAACACCUGCUAAAGCCGAGCUCUUUAAAAAACUGAAAAUUAUUUAAAUGUGAAAAAGAGUGGGUUGAUCUGGAAAAGAAACUUCUCAAAAGACUAAAAUUAGAAUGGAAUGUGUUAGAAGAGAAAAACUGGUGGGGGAGGAGGAUUCAAGUUGUUAGAAGAAAAAUGCUACUGCUUGGGUAAUGAUCAAGGAAGUUCUGGUUAGGAUAUUAGCUGCUGCUCCAACCCAGAGCAAUUUUCUGAAUUUAGAAAUAAUUAAGUUUCCCUAGAGAUGGAUAUACAACACAUACUCCUUUUCUUUCUUUUUCCCACCCCGAGGUAAUCUAAAGUAAGGCUGGGUAUGAUGUUUGUAAAUGAGACUUUUGAAUAAAUGCCGUUAGUAUACCAAAUAAAUGGCUCUUUUGUAAAAGCAGCUAAUAACUGAACAAAUAUAUUUUGCUGAUUAAGUUCUGCUCUCUCAUAGUUGUCUGGAUGAUCUCCCUUUUGUUUGCAAAAGGGAGAUACUUGAAAAGGUGAGGUUAACUUUUUUGCUUGCACAGAUUUUGCAUUUUUGUCUUGCAGUUCAUCACUGUGUAUGACUUUUGUCUUGCAUAAGAACCUAAAUAGUUGUCUCAAGCCUAACAUGUUCCAUGAUGCAAACUCCUUUUCUGUUUUGGCUCAAUUACAGUUGUACUGCCUCUUCUCUCCUUUCUGAACCUCUUGUAGUUUAAAGUUUUGGAAGAUCUUCCAGGAAUCCCACUACCUAGCAGGAAACAAGAAUCCACGUUGUAUGUAAUAUGGUAAAAGGAGGAAAGACACAAGCAGCAGAGAAUAGCCGGAAAAAUGUCUGUGCGCCAUGCAAAACUGUAAUCUGGCUACAACAUGACUUUCACAGCAUUUGGGGCAAUACAAAAAGCUCACAAAGAAAUGAGCCUAACUAGAACAUAGUAUGUUUAAUGCCCAUUUGAGAAUGGGUUGUGAGUUUACUCUUCAACAUUUAUAGGUGCCUCCUUUGGAGGAAACCCAGCAGUUUGCUGGUCUUCCUUCAGAGUCAUGCAAGUCUCCUUCAUGAUGGUGUGGCACACAGCUCUUCUCUACUCCCGUGCCUCAGAGAAUUCCUCGAGAGGUUGAAGUGCUUCCUCCAUCGCGGUACUCUGGCGAAUGUGUGGGUGCAAGUAGUGCCAUCAGCCCUUCCAGCUCCAGCGUGGGACUAGUGGUCUGCCUUUUAACUUCUAUGAUUUUCUUUUCCUUCUUAAUUUUGUUAGUCUGUUGUGUUUUACACUACUUGGGAUUCAUGGGUACUUCUUGUGGAAGUACUUGCCUGCGGUAUUUCACUUUUUUCUCUAAACAUUAAAAAAAAAUCCUGUAGAAGCUUUUGCUAUAGGAUAUUUAAAAUCUGAGGAGUAGGAAGGAAUUGAAUUUCCUAAUUUAAAGUGACUCAGCUAGGUCUACCUCCUUAUUACGUAAUGGAUUGUCUACAUCCAGCUGUAACCCUGGCUGGCACUAGACAGAGCCAUCAAAUGUUUUUUAGAUGAAAUUGUCAUUCUUGCAUAAACUCAUCUUCUAAGCUGUUUCUCGAGGAACAAUAGUUAACAAUCAUUAACUCUAGAAGCACAUAACUGUCUUAAGGCAUCUGGAACCGUCACUUCAGACCUCCUUCAUGUCAGGUUAUCACAAUUAUAUGCUUGACUGACAGCAAUCCUAUGAUAAUAGAAGAUUCCUUUAGUUUGUUAAUAUUGUUUGCUCUCAUAACAUAUGUACAGUCAUCGUCCACCAACCUUCUUUCCAUAAUUUCAAUUUAACAUAAAGUGUUGCUUAUUUUCUAUAUGAAAUCUAAGUGAUGGUGUUCUGUACUAAGGAAACUAACUUUAAAGCAUUUUUUUGAGCUUGGAACUUUUCUGUGUAGUAUUCCUGAAAUCAUGUAUUUCCCUUUGAGGUAGAUUUUGUUGCCAACAUCAGAAAACUAUUUCCACUGAAAAUUUAAAAAGGAAGUUGAUGUUUGUGUACCAUAUAUGAUUAAAUAUGUUGAACUAAUAAUGUGGAAGAAUCUAAUUAGUCUCACCCAGGCAACUGCUUACUUGAUUAGAAUUAACUGCUCCAUAGAUGAAAGGAGAAAUUUAAUUUAAAUUUCUAUUAAUCAAAAAUAUCAUACUGCCAAAGUGUUUUUUUUUAACAGCAUACUAGUCUUCUAUGUUUGCAUGUCAAAUAUUUCUGUGUCAAGACUUGAGUUUGUGUGCUUGCAUCUUUAAGGUUGCAUGUCCUAAAGUUAAGUAUACGUGAAUGUAUUUCAAGGAUUGUGUCUGAAAUGCUUUCGAUUUAGAACUACAAAUCAAAUAUGUGUAUGCAUUUAUAGAGACAUAUUGUGGCGUAAAGAGUUCUAUAUUGAAGCCUCA